GAGAGAGAGAGAGAGAGAGAGAGAGAGAGAGGGGGAGAGAGAGAGAGAGAGAGAGAGAGAGAGAGAGAGAGAGAGAGAGAGAGAGAGAGAGAGAGAGAGAGAGAGAGAGAGAGAGAGAGAGAGAGAGAGAGAACAACAUCUAAUGCAGGUCAGUAGGGGAAGGCAGAGAGCAAACAGCAGGGUCAGAUAGAGAGUUGUGUGACGGACAGACGGAAAGAACGACUUUCAGGAGAAACCCGGACAAAUUGUACUUUUUAAACAUGACAAUGUCACUAUUCAGCGUAAGGUAAGAGGGAUCUAGAACAAGCUAGUGCAGACUGAGGGGGGAACCAGUAGGAAGGGAGUCUGUUAGCCUAUGAAGGUCUAUGAAGAGCAACUGGUGUCAAAAGAUCAGAAGAUAGAAGACCGAGAAGAUAGAAAACAGGGGUUUCUGACGGAAAAAUCAAAAGCAUCUUCUGACGACCGAGAGAGUGACGGGCAGUAUCAGCGGCAGAGUGUCCUGUGUGCCUACAGAGUUAUUCUGUGUGAAGGCUUGGAAAUUCACUUCGAAGGUAAAUUGGGUGAAUAAUAUAGUGCUGCAAGUGGGACAAAUCGAGUCGGGAGAGAGUGGGGGAGAGGGAGAGAGAGAGAGAGAGAGAGCAGGAUUUUCUUUUCUAAAAAGGAAUCUAAUGUUAACAAGGCUAAGGUAGGAGUCAGCAUGACAAUCAUCCGGUAGGUAGGGGGCUCAAACUCUUCGUCUAAAAUCACUGACAACUGAAAAAGGUAUCUGAGCAAAAAGUACAGUUCCACCGGACGUCAGGAGAAACAACAUCCAUCGACUUAUUACUUAGAGCUGAAGCCGACCCACCCAGCCCCCCCCCCCCCCACCCCACCCCGGCCGUGAACCAUGGCCUCCGCGGGCCUGGAGCUGACGGGCUUCUUCCUGGGCCUGCUGGGCAUGGUGGGCACGCUGGUGGCCACGGUGCUGCCCUACUGGCGCACGUCGGCCCACGUGGGCUCCAACAUCGUCACGGCAGUGGAGAGCAUGCGGGGCCUGUGGAUGGAGUGCGUGUACCAGAGCACCGGCGCCUUCCAGUGCGAGACCUACAACUCCAUGCUGGCGCUGCCGCCCGACCUGCAGGCCUCGCGGGCCCUCAUGGUCAUCUCCGUGGUGCUGUCCGUGCUGGCCGUCGCCGUGGCGACCCUGGGCAUGCAGUGCACCGUGUGCCUGGAGGGCGCCCCCGCGGCCAAGAGCCGGGUGGCGGGCGCGGGCGGGGCGCUGUUCUUCACGGCGGGCUUCCUGUCCCUGAUCCCCGUGUCGUGGACCACCCACGAGGUGGUGCAGACCUUCUACCAGCCCGGCCUGCACAACAGCAUGAAGUUCGAGCUGGGCCAGAGCCUGUACCUGGGCCUGGCGUCGGCUCUGUUCUCCCUCCUGGGGGGGGCGCUGCUGUGCACCUCCUUCUGCCAGGAGGGGGGCGGGGCCCGGGGGAACGGGGCCGGGUACCCCUACCCGGGGUACCAGGCGGCGGGAGGCGGCGGGGGGCUGCGGACCUCCUCGCAGACCUACCGCAACCCCACCCUCCAGGUGGGCGGGGCUAACACGGGAGGCCGGGCACACGGCCUGAGCCGCAGCGCCGGCGGGGGGUCCGGGUACGGGGGCAACGCGACCCGGGGCUCCAAGAAGGCACCGGGGUAUGAUGUCACGGGGUACGUCUGAGGGGUACCCCCCCGACGGACUCACAUGCACACUCACACACACACGCACACACACACACACACACACACACACAGGCAGGCAUGCACGCAAGCACGCUUGUACACACUCAAACACACACACACACACAGGCAUACAUGCACACACACACACACGGACACACAUCACAUUGUCAAAAACACACACACACACACACACACACACACACACACACACACACACACACACACACACACACACACACACACACACACACACACACAUACACACGCAUACCAUGGAUUUUCCUCAAAGGAGGGCAUUUGAGAAGAAAAUAUGUAGGACAACUCCUGAUCAAUACUUGUCCUAAUGUCAGUAGUGUGUUUUUGGACUUCACUGUCAGAGGACAUUUUAUGAAAUGAUUUAAUCUACGUUUGUAUUUACUCCCAGUAUAUACACUGUUCUGUUUUUCACAAAAUAAUGUUUGUUUAAGGAAGAUAGUUAUUCUUUGCAUACGGUUGCAUCACAACCCUGAAAUGUUGUUUUUUUACCCCAUUUCUCUACAACUUGGCUAAACACACUUACUUUGGUAACUCAAUGAGUCGAUGGCAUCCAUACGUUUUCCAGUUUAGUGUGCAGUUAGUUACUAAGCACAGGGAUUUGGAGGGGGAUUGCCUUAUCAGAUGGGAGACACUUGAUGACCUCACUUCCUCACAGUAAUCAGUCGCUAACCUCCUCGUCAAUGUGGCUUACGGCAGGUCAUGGACGUGAAGUCAGGAGGAUGUACCUCAUGCUUUGGCUUGUGAGGGGGGAACGGGAUACAUUUGCGGUGUGUGUUAAAGAUACACAUGUCCCAGUUUAGCCCAAGAGUGGAUAAGGGCGAAUAAUGUUUUUGGUGCAGAGGUUGAAGAUCAGUUUGUUGGUCAAACUUUUUUAGACAUUGUUUUCCUCUUCUGUAUAAAAAGAAAAUUCCAACAGAAAUGUUCUCUUUGAAUGUGAUGCGUGAUAGAAAACUAACCAGUGAUGGCGGUUUUAGAUCCACAUCACUGGUUUAUAAUUGAAUGUAAUUAUUCAUCUUUUAUGAAAUAUGUUUGAGUUUGACUUGCAUUGUUUUGUUUUUAUUUAGGAAAUAAAUAAGUUUGUUUCAAACCGUAUACCUGAAGAUACUUAUUGAAAAGGAUGUCCUUUUUGUUAAUUAGUGGCCUUAAACCAACCACAGUUAACCUUAAUGUUCUGCUAGCAUAACUACUCCCGCCACAGUAGUAAAGCAUUACAAUUGCUAUGCUUUACUAAUGGCAUUGACUGUGAUAUGAUGAACUGUAUUUAUAUUGCGUGUUUUAUUGAGGCACUUAAAGCGCUGUACAUAAUGAAUGUGUGAGCGUGUGUGUGGGAGGAUAGGACUCCUCAUCCAUUACCCGUGUGCAUCACCUUC